AUGCUGUCCGGAGCCGUGCAGAUCCUGGCGUUCGGCUUGGCGCUGCUGGGCUUCCUCGGCGCCCUGGUGGCCACGCUGCUGCCCAACUGGACGGUGAGCUCCCCGCCGCGGCCCGGCCUGGUGUCCCCCCCCCCCUGGCUGAUGCAGGGUCUGUGGAUGGACUGCGUGUCCCCAGGCGCGGGGGUGUUCAGCUGCAGCGUGAAGCCGUCCCCGCUGCAGCUCCCGGCCGCGCUGCAGGCCACGCGGGCCGCCAUGCUGCUGUGCUGCGCCGCCGCCGCCCUCGGACUCUGCCUCGCCGCCCUGGGGCUCAAAUGCACCCGGUGGGGGGGCGGCCGGCGGGCCAAGGGCCACACGGCCGUGGCUGGGGGGGGUUGUCUGGUGCUGGCAGCCUUCCUCUGCCUGGGCCCGGCCUCCUGGUUCACCAGCGAGGUCGUGGUGGCCUUCCUGAGCCGGCCGGACAGCAGGAGGCCGCAGCAGCCCGGGGGGGCGCUGGGCCUCGCUUUCAGCGCUGCAGGCUUCCUGCUGGCGGGGGGGGUCAUCCUCUGCCUGUCCUGUCCCGGAAAAGGGUCCCGACGCCCAGACUACGCCUCCUCCGAGGACCCGGACCGGUUUGUGCUGCAGCGAGGGGGUGGGAGGCAUGCGGCGGUGCAGCUGCAGCAACCCCCCCCCCCUCUGGAGGAGGAGAGGGUCCCACCUCCCAAAGACCUGCGGGACAAAUACAGCCGGCAAGCGUACGUGUAG